AUGACAUCUAACACAUUCAUGCUUACAAUGACAGCACUGUUCGUGCUUAUUUCGCUUAACGGCGUCUUGGCUUUUGGUAGUGGAGACAUUGCAUCUACUUCUGGUCUUGAGGACCGCUGUUACAGACACGGUGAUAUUGAGAACACACUUCUCGAUCUCUUGUAUACCGUAGGAACUGGUACAUCAGGCAGUCUCAUCAAGUCCUUCAUCAAGAAGGCUGUUAGUGGAGGCAAAGGAAAGAAGUUUGACGAGAAGAACGUUAAAAGAGUAUACUUUGGAGUAAGUGCAAUAUAUUCGUACUAA